UCAACAUUAGAUAAAAUUAUUUUCAUAAAAAAAUAUCAUGAAUGCGUUUAUGUAUUUAUGCGAACAUCAAAAUAUAGUAACUACUGUUUACAUUGUACUUUGCAAUUGAAAAUAAAUUAUAAAUACAAUUGCGGCGUAACGUUGGUUUUAUAGAGUGUAUUUAGUUUUAUACGUAAAAGCGCUGUCUACUGUGCGUAGGUAGACUAUAAUUCUGGACAGAUAUCAUACAACUGAGUAUUUUUUAUUUUAUAUACGUUAGGUGAUUUUUUAGUCAAACAGUGUGACAAUGUAUAACGACAUGGAUUUUGACGUGGCCGUCAACGAUAUUUCCAAUCAGAUUGUUGGAAUACGAGAUCCCGAGUUGGCACUGACGAUAGAAAAAUGGGUGUUGAAGUUGACUGCGGAGAACCGAGGCGCGAACGAGCUUAAGUACCUGCAACUGUUGCAGUACAUGAUGGCCCAAGGGAGGAUUAACGGUCCGUUCGCGAAGGAUCCGCCGCCGGGUCCCCUGGUGUCGUUAAGUCGGUACGUAAAUCCUUGCAGCGGUCACGGCCGCAACAGCGGUGGGGUCGAGUGUUGGCAGACGAGCAACUGUAGCAGAGCCGCUCAGACGAAGUACGAGGACGGUGAUGACGAAUUCGAAUACGGCGAAGACUACGAAGAUCAGCUGGACAACGAAGAAACGACGGUAAACCUCGACGACCGGGACGACGUCGGAGACUCGCACAACACCGACGGCGGCGAACUGCCGCGCCCGGAGAAGAUCGGCGUAGAGGACGGGGUGCAGGAAAAACGCGACGGUCAUUUGGCGGGCGGUGGCGGAGGAGAGUGCCGGGGAGGUGGCGAAAGGAGCGCCCCGAAGAAAAACCCGUUCGCCAAACUGUGCAACCCGUGCUUAGAUAAUUUCGGACAGCACUUGCUAAAGAAACGACCCGGGCCGAUGGACGCGGCUUACAGGGAAUUGCUGGGAGACUGCGCGCUUCCCGUAAUCACGGAAUCCGAACAGAAGACCGUCGGUCCGGAACUGUUACAGGUUCUGGAGAACGUCGACGACUCCACCACGUUACAAGAGUUUUACUUCCAGGUGUCGCUGUACACGUGCGACCGAGCAGAGCUGAUGAUGAAGUUGUCGGACAGCAUGGUGGACGACUUCAGGACGUUCGUGUCGGACGUGUUCGAAAGUCGCACGGAACACAUCAGCGACGGUUUGGCCAAGGAGCAGAUGGCGCUUUGCGAAAAAUACGCGUACCUGUACGACCGGACGCUGAACCGGGCCACGGUGGCUCUGGACUUCCUGCGGGAAGCAAUGCCGGUGUUCAGCUGGCACAAGUACCAGUCGGAACCCGACGAAUAUCUGAAGCGGAUGAUAAUGCGACGGACGGCGGUCGCCGGGGCCAUGACGGCUGCCGAGGGCGGCGACGGACGUCCGGCCGGGCGUGCAUCCGGUCCCGUUGCCGACGACGAUAACGCCGCGACGGCCACUGCCGACGAAGACGACGGAGCGCAGCAGUCGGCCAUCAAGAAGCUGCUGUACAGGCUCAACUGGCUGCGGACCGAAGUCAGCCGGGUGGACUGCGAGGGACAGCGACUGUACGAACAGCACAGCGAACUCACCACCAGCCUGGCCGACUUCAACCGCCGUCUGUCCGACACUCAGUGCCGAGCGGCCGGCGACAUCGACCGACACAAAAACGAACUCACGGUGCUCAGACAGCGGUCGGCCGACCAGACGGCGAUCAUCGACCGACUCAUGGAGACCAUACAGUUGACCAUGCAGGACAAACAGCCUACGUCCGGUUGUUAGCGCACAUACCCGCUGUGCCACUGCUGCCAAAUACGGAAAUUGAGGGAGGGCUCGGUUUGCUAAACCCCCCCCCAAGCCAAUAUUUAUCCCGACAUUAAAAAAAUAUAUAUAAUUUUUAAUAACUGUU